CUUUGAUUAGGCGUUGAAGGAACAACGAUCCUACCCGAUCUCGAGAUAAUUCCCCAGAGAACCUCUUUCGAUUUCCCCGGCUCCGAUUUAGGGUCUCUUUCAGUUAAAUUUCUCAAUUGGAAAGGUGAAGGAUGGGAGCAUUUUUGUCUAGGUUUUGGUUUAUGCUGUUUCCGGCGAAGGAGUACAAGAUUGUGGUGGUUGGAUUGGAUAACGCCGGCAAAACGACAACGCUUUACAAGUUGCAUUUGGGGGAGGUGGUUACUACUCAUCCUACAGUCGGCAGCAACGUCGAAGAACUUGUUUAUAAAAAUAUAAGAUUUGAGGUUUGGGAUCUAGGCGGUCAAGAUCGGCUUAGGACGUCAUGGGCUACCUACUACCGUGGAACUCACGCUGUGAUUGUAGUAAUUGACAGCACUGAUAGAGCCAGGAUUUCCAUAAUGAAGGAUGAACUCUUCAGGCUGCUCCCGCAUGAGGAUUUACAAAGUGCAGUUAUCCUCGUCUUCGCAAAUAAACAGGACCUCAAGGAUGCCAUGAGUCCUGCUGAGAUAACUGAUGCGCUUUCCCUUCAUAGCAUAAAAGAUCAUGAUUGGCACAUCCAAGCUUGCUGUGCCCUUACUGGUGAAGGUUUGUAUGAUGGUUUGGGUUGGGUAGCACAACGGGUUAGUGGAAAGGCUCCAAGCUUGGAGAGUUGAUAUAAAGAAUAUUAAAGUUCAUGUGUAGAAGUCCUCGCUCCUGUGGUUGGAAUACGUUGUUUUUAUUGGUUUCCCUGCACUUGCAGAUUGAGUUCUCCUGUGCGUGGAAAAAGAAAAGGGAAAAACCAGAGCUGUAUGUUGUACCUUUCAUUUCAUUUUCUCCUGAGUGAAUAUUUGGCAAGUUUGAUUGCUAAAAAAUAUGUUUUAAUCCUAGUCCUCUGUGCUCCUGUUGA